UCCACUAAAGAACGUAAGGCAACUUUUGGAUAACGGCUUCAGUCUUGGGAAGUUCAAAAUGGUGCUCGUCGGGCUCUUCAUAUCGGCGACGAAGCUUGCCGGUGUCCUCCUGACGCUCACGGUCGCCGCCAAUGCUUUUUCCUAUAACUCCUACCGCAAGAAGAAUCUCAAACCUCUCCGUCUUCCAUUGGACGAGUCCGCCGAUACCCUCGCCGUCUUCGACGUUAAUCCCACCGACGAUGAGAAAAGGUUCUUCUUUGGAUUGGCAACUGCACCAGCACAUGUGGAGGAUAGGCUUAAUGAUGCCUGGCUCCAGUUUGCACAAGAGGCUCCUUGUAAACAUUCAGUGUCAAACAAUGAACCCCAACUAGUAGAUGCAUUAUUGGCUUCCGCUACAGGUGAUGGUGGCACCCAACAAGCUUCUUCCCCACCAAGAGUAGCAUCACAGAUCAUGAAAAGAAGAAAGUAUGUUAAGAUAGCUAUGGAGGCAAAAAUUAGAGGGUAUGAAAAGUACAUAGAAGUAGAAGAAACUGCACCUGCUGGGGCAUGCCAGCAUACUGUUGCUGCUUGGCAUAAUGUUCCGCACCCGGAGGAAAGGCUAAGGUUCUGGUCUGAUCCUGACACAGAAUUGAAGUUGGCAAAGGAUACUGGAGUCCAGUUGUUCAGGAUGGGAAUUGACUGGUCCAGAGUUAUGCCUAAGGAGCCCACAGAUGACCUACAAGAACAUGUCAAUUAUGCUGCACUGGAGAGAUACAAAUGGAUUGUAAACAGAGUGCGAUUUUAUGGCAUGAAGGUAAUGAUGACGUUAUUCCAUCACUCACUUCCACCUUGGGCCAGCGAAUAUGGAGGGUGGAAGAUGGAAAAGACCAUUGACUAUUUCUUGGAAUUUACCAGUCUUGUUGUUGAUGCCGUAUCAGAUGCCGUGGAUUACUGGGUAACAUUUAAUGAGCCUCAUGUGUUCUGUAUGCUGACUUAUUGUGCUGGUGCUUGGCCUGGUGGUAAUCCUGAUAUGCUGGAGGUUGCUACUUCUGCAUUACCCACAGGUGUCUUCAACCAAGCCAUGCACUGGAUUGCAAUUGCACACUCAAAGGCCUAUGAUCACAUCCACGAAAGAAGAGGAUCAGGAACAUUAGUGGGAGUUGCACACCAUGUCUCGUUCAUGCGCCCAUAUGGACUUUUCGACAUUGCUGCUGUUUCAGUUGCUAAUUCUUUGACUCAAUAUCCUUUCUUGGAUGCAAUUUCUGAGAAGCUGGAUUAUAUAGGGAUAAAUUAUUAUGGACAGGAGGUAGUAUCAGGUGCAGGACUGAAGCUGGUGGAAACAGACGAGUAUAGUGAAUCAGGACGGGGCAUUUAUCCUGAUGGCCUGUACAGGAUUUUGCUUCAAUUUCAUGAAAGAUACAAACAUCUUAAUGUACCAUUCAUAAUAUCCGAAAAUGGUGUUUCAGAUGGAACAGAUGUAAUUAGGCGACCAUACAUGCUGGAACAUCUAUUGGCAAUUUCUGCAGCCAUUGUAGCAGGUGUUCCAGUACUUGGUUACUUGUUUUGGACAAUUUCUGAUAACUGGGAAUGGUCUGAUGGAUAUGGUCCCAAAUUUGGGCUUGUAGCAGUUGACCGUUCCAAUGAUCUUGCUCGAACUCCACGCCCCUCAUACCAUCUGUAUUCCAAGGUUGUCAAUACAGGUAAAAUCACUAGGGCGGACAGAGAAAAUGCAUGGAAAGAACUUCAAAUUGCAGUAAAAGAGAGAAAAAUGAGACCAUUUUAUCGAUCUGUAAACAAGCAUGGCUUAAUGUAUGCAGGAGGUCUUGAUGAGCCAAUAAUGAGACCAUAUAUUGAACGCGAUUGGCAGUUUGGACACUAUGAAAUGGAAGGUCUACAAGAUCCAUUGAGUCGAUUUUCACGACUCAUUCUCCGACCCUUUUCCAUCAAAUCUAAUGCUAAACCCAAGACAGUGAAUGAGGAAUCCACUCUUGAGUCUCUUUCGUCCGCACUUUGAUACUCUUCCAACUUGCAAGAAGAUAUUGUGAAAAUUCUAUCAAUGAAGCUGUUGCAAGGUAAAACUCCUGAAAAUUCUGUAGCUGCUGCUGGAAAGAUGUGCUUCAAAAGUAAAAAUCAAUGAGCAAUUUCACUGCAUGGAGACCGCUAAAUAUAUAUGAGCUUAUGUAUCAAUGACUGUAAAUUUGUAGUAUAUUCUGUCAUAUUGUAUAGCUUGUAAGUUGUAACUGCAUGCAUAAGCACUCUACCUUGAUGCUUUGUUAUUCGUUAUGCAUCACAAACUGUAAUUCACUUGGUGAUGAUGAUUGAUGAACACUUUAAAUUACAUGCACAUUGUUUCUUACUAGUCAACUGUUUGAAUUUUGGAUCUUCC